CCAAGACUCAAACUACAAGAACAGCUGGAAGGAAGGACAUCGGGAGGAUAAUCAGAGGCAAGGCGUACUCGAGGGAAUAGCAGUUACAAAGGCCCUUUCAUCUCAAGGUCUGAAACCGAGAUUCUACAGAAGGGCCAUGUCCAUUGACCGCAUUGCAAGCACACCACCGCUGCAGACACCUGAUAGCCAUGCGCAUCCGCAGGAACAGUCGCUCGAGCAGCUUCGGUCCUUCAUGAAGAAGCGGACGUGCUAUGAUGUACUGCCAGUCUCAUUCCGACUCAUUGUCCUCGAUACAACCUUGCUUGUCAAGAAAUCACUCUCAAUCUUGCUCCAGAAUGGUAUUGUCUCGGCGCCUUUAUGGAACAGCGAACGGUCGAGUUUCGCUGGGCUCCUUACAUCGUUUGAUUUCAUCAAUGUCAUUCAGUACUACUAUCAAUACCACUCAUUCCCAGACGCGGUCGCUGAGAUUGAUACAUUUAGGCUCGAUGGCCUGCGCGAAGUGGAACGUAAAGUCGGCGCGAUACCACCAGAGACAAUCAGUAUCAAUCCUUCAACGAAUCUGUAUGAUGCGUGUAAAGCGAUUCAUACGGCAAAAGCGCGGCGGAUACCGCUUGUGGAUCGCGACUCGGAGACUGGCAAGGAAAUGCUGAUAAGUGUCUUGACGCAGUACAGGAUUCUCAAAUGGCUUGCCAUCAACUGCAAUUUUACAAGUCAGUUGCGAUUACCACUGAAGGACAUGGCGCUUGGAACCUAUGGCGACAUCAUUGCGACAGCGACGAUGGAAUCGCCGUGUAUUGACGUGAUUCAUCUCAUGUCCAAGCUUGGUGUCUCUGCUAUUCCCAUUGUUGACGCGCAUCAAGUCCUCCUCAAUAUCUUUGAAGCGGUGGAUGUCCUCAAUCUGAUUCAAGACGGCGCAUACCACGACCUCGAAAUGACUGUUGGUGAAGCAAUCCUCAAGCGUGGGGAUGAUUUCGCUGGCGUCCCAACCUGUACAGUUUCAGAUACACUCGAGGGUGUCUUUGAUGCAAUCCGGCGGACACGCGUCCAUCGAUUCGUCGUUGUGGAGAAAGAGUCUGGUAAAUUGCAAGGAAUGUUGAGUCUCAGUGACAUCCUUGGCUACAUCUUGUAAAUAUUGAAGGCCCAAUCCUGUAUGUGUUCCUCAGCGAUAGCGAUGCUUUAAACAUAACCCAACGUGCAC